AUGCGAGUCUCCUAUCUUCUCCCCCUUCUGAGCUUGCUCUUACCCCAAACAACAGCAGCAGCGCUGGACUCUUCAUCCCACAAUCUGAGCAUCCUCCGCCAGUGCCAAACAACAGGCAAAAACUGCCCAGCAGGGACGAUCACAGUCUCCCAGACCAACGCAACCAUCUACAAGAACCAGAAAGUCCCAACCUACAAAACAAUCCAAUCCGCAAUAAACGCCCUGCCCAACAAUACAACCCCAGCAACCAUUUUUAUCAAAGCAGGCACAUACAACGAACAGCUAAACAUCACCCGCGCCGGACCCAUAACCUUCCUAGGCGAAACAAGUAACCCCAAAGACGCCACCGCCAACCAAGUCCGCAUAACCUGGUCAGCAGCCAACAAAGACUCAACCGGGCAAAGCGUGGACAAUGUUUACUCGAGCGUACUCAUUGUAGCGCCCACGCUGGAGUCAAGUCUGACUGGCUCCGGAACGACCGGAUACGCCGUGCCUGAUGAUACACCAUUUGGAAAUGUGGACUUUAGGGUUUACAAUGUUGAUUUAAUCAAUGAGUGGUCUGACUAUUCGGAUGGGCCGGCUCACGCUUUGAGUUUGAGUCGUGCCAAUGGCGGCUUUUACUAUUGCGGGUUUUAUUCGUACCAGGAUACCGUCUAUGUCGGCAAACUCGGCAACGCAUACUUCUACCAAAGUAUAAUAGCUGGCCAGACGGAUUUCCUCUACGGCUUCGGCACUGCCUGGAUUCAGUCCAGCGAGAUUCAAUUACGUGGCUGCGGUGGCGGCAUUACAGCUUGGAAGGGGACAAAUACAACCUUCACAAACAAAUACGGCGUCUAUAUUGUGGAUUCGGACGUGCGCGCGGCAAAUACAUCCAUUGCACCUGAUAUCAUUGGCGAAUGUGCGCUUGGCCGGCCAUGGAAUAGUCAGCACCGGUCCAUUUUUGCACGGUGUACCGAGGACGGCAGUAUUACGUCUAGUGGCUACAUUGAUUGGGUUGUUUCUGGCGUUGCGCGGUUCCAGGAGGGUGUCACGCUCAUGGCCGAGUAUGCGGUUUCUGGGGCUGGAUUUAAUCGGACGGGUCGGAUUGCAGGGGGUGUUGAUACUUUGCUUGAUACAAAGGCUUGGAAGGCUUACAGUGAGCCCGAAAGAGUGUUUCAGAAACCCACUGGGGAGUUUGAGAAUGUUGGGUGGAUUGACUGGGCGGUUGUGGGUGGGAAGUGA